CACAAUCGGUCUUGGAUAUAGGUCUGUGGCUAUCAACCGCCGUAUAUUAUAAUCGGCUUCAUUCACUUGUUCCUUAAAAUUCAUAGCGAUAUCCCUCAUUCUACGAAAAAUAUGGCCGACCCAUCCAUAGAAAUCGAUGUCGACCUCGAAGUCCAAGAGAUCCUCCUUGCCGCCUCGCAACAUGAUAUCCCCAAGCUCCGUCGCCUGAUUCGUUCCCACACAGCCGUCCCCAACGCCGCCAACGUCAAGGAUACGGAAACAGGAUACUCCCCACUCCAUGCGGCCAUCGCAGCGUGCGAAUCGGACGAUGAACCCGUGAAUGGGGAGUCCAAUGGCGUCCAUGCCAACGGCACCCAGCCUAGCCAGGAGAAAAGCGUCGUGGAAUCGGGCGUGAACACUGUCAAGUUCCUUCUGCAGGAGGGUGCGAUCUGGAAUGACUUGGACCUGAACAACGAGACGCCCGGGUGUAUUGCGAAACGCAUUGGACAGAAUGAGCUGUAUGAGAUGAUUGUGGAUGCCGGUGUGCGCGCCGAGUUGCUGCUGAACCGACUAGAUGGUUACGAGGAGCUUUCGGAGAUGGACGAGGACGAGGAAGAGGAAAAGGGCGAGGAUGCCGAGAAGGCCCAGGAAGAACAGGCUACUACUGAGCAGACCACUACCGACGACCAAACAGCGCCUGAACUGGUUGAUAUUACUCAGGUUGAGGGAGCUGGACCGGAUGUGUCCCAAUCGCGCUACCUAGACUCCAACCUGACUUUCCAGCAGGAUCGCCUGUUGGAUCAGGACCAGAACGGUGUGAUGAUGGCCUGGGAAUCGGACAUCAUGGCCAAAUCGGCGAAGAAGAUUCUCCCCACCCCUGGGCUGCGUGUGCUCAACGUCGGCCACGGCAUGGGCAUUGUGGAUGGAUUCCUACAAGAACAGUCGCCUGCGGCGCACCACAUCAUCGAGGCGCAUCCGGACGUCGUUGCGGAAAUGAAGCGCAAGGGUUGGGACCAGAAACCCGGAGUUAAGAUCCACGAGGGAAGAUGGCAAGAUAUUCUCCCUGCCCUGGUGGGAGAAGGCGAGCAGUUCGAUGCCAUUUACUACGAUACUUUCGCUGAGUCUUACGGCGAUUUCCGCGAGUUCUUCAGCGAACAGGUCAUCGGUUUGCUUGACCAGGAGGGCAAGUGGAGCUUUUUCAACGGCAUGGGAGCUGACCGACAGAUCAGUUACGACGUCUACCAGAAAGUGGUGGAAAUGGAUCUGUUCGAGGCAGGAUUCGACAUCGAUUGGGAGGAAAUUGCCGUUCCCACGCUGGAAGAAGAAUGGAAUGGCGUGCGUCGACCAUACUGGCGAAUUGAGAAAUACCGACUGCCUCUGUGCAGGUACAUGGAUUAAGAACAUAUAGAAUUGGGAAAUGCAACAAUUAUGAACCAUCACACAAAAACGCUUUUUGCACACUGAUUUACCAGCCUGCGCUGGCCCCAGACAGAAAGAUAAUAAAAAC